AUGCAAAAUAAGAAAAUUGGGUACAAGGAAAAUGAGAAUGCAGAAGUACAAGUAAUAAAACUAGGAAAUACUGUACCUGAAGAGCAUAUUGAACCUCUUUGGAGCUCUGUUCAAGUACAUGACGAUGAUGAAUAUGAUGACAGUGAAUUGUGUUGGAGAUGCAAUGAUAAGAAUGUUAGUGAUCGAUGUUGGAAAUGCGUGCAGACAGAUGGAUUCAUGACAAUAUCAAAAAAUUACGUCGAGGAACAACGGAAUCUGUCAAUAGCUUCUACAAGUAAACAACUUCCGAGGCUUGCGCAACUUGAGCUAGAUCAAAAGUCUACAAAACAUUUGAGGUUGUGCACUUUUCGCGGUGACAAUACUUACCUCAGCAAUGAUGCUGAUAUUAUCACUAGUGGUAAAAUUGAGGAAUCUAGCUCAGCAUUACACAGUCACUGUUUUUUUUCUUCACUACGUACUUCACAAGGAUUAUUUGCUCAAAAUGACCAAUUAUCAGUUCGUGAUUCCAUUUUAAUCUUAUCUAAUGCCAUUACCGCCUAUUCCAGCCUUCAAAUCACUGCCAAGAAACUUGCUUUAUUAUCCUUGUCAUCAAUGUCAUUAUCUGUACCAAGUUCCUCUAUACCUAUUUUACUCACAAUACCACCUGCACCUCCACCGACAACAUUACCAUCUACUUUGUUAACGCACUCCUUACCACACACGAAACGUGGAACGAUUUGUCAUCGAGAAUUAUUAUCGGUGUACUGUACUAACAAUCUUGUCCUCAACUGCUUUUCGAAAUAUUCUAUAUUUCAUCUGGAUAAUCUUUCUAACAGCCUAAAUUGUGCUCUAAAGCAAUCAUGUCGUGAAUAUUUAAAAAUAUUCAAAUGCCUAAUUCUGCUAUUAAUAAUAUUUAUGGAAGGAUCAAAUGCUAUCUUGCUUUCCGGCGCACCUGACUCUUACGCUCGAUAUCCCAAAUGGGUUCAUACUUUUGAAAAUCAGUUAUCAUUGGAUUUCCGAACAAAGCAAAAUAAUGCAUUAUUGCUAUAUACUGACGAUGGCGGCGUUCACGGAAAUUUUUAUGCGUUAACAAUAGCUGGAGGAAAAUUGCAGUUAGACUUUAGGUUAAAAAAUAAUUCAUAAUU